AAGUAAAACAAGACAUUGGCCGUGCGCCAAGCACCUACUUUGGCGCGUGCAACGCAACCAAGUUCUUGGUGAAAUGAUUGGGGUCGCGAGGCACCCGCGCGCAGCGUGCACGCCACACAUGUUGGAACUUGGACGUGGAGCCGAGAGGGGACAGAGUAGGAGACGCGGCGUGGGCACGUCCAUUUCGUCUGCUGGAUGCCAGCUUUCCUAAUUUCUAGUACUGGGAUUUAGGAAUCGAACGAACCGUUGGUGUCGGGCGUUUUCUUCCCUCGCCAAUUGGCAUCCUUCCCUCACUCUCCGGCUCUGCCAUUGCCAAGAAAGAAGACGUCUCGCUCCGGUUGUUACUUUACUGGCGACAUUUUCGUUGCCUUUGCUACUGCAUUGGUGCUGGUGGCUCGGUGCCUGCCGGUGUCACAGGUGGCAACCAAUCAGAGAUAGCGGCCAUUGGAGCUCGAAGCUCGCGCCCGGCCAGCUGCGCGAUCGUCGUCGUCUCGCUCGCGACAUUGAUAUCAUCUCGACUACUGCCGAGAUGAACGACCUCUUCUCGUCGGCCUCGUUCAAGAAGUACGCCGACCUGAAGCAGCAGGUGGUGCUGGACGACAUGGAGGCCGGCGGCGGCGGCGGCGAGGCGGAGGGCGCGGGCCUGGACGGGUUCUUCGAGGACGUGGAGGGAGUGAAGGAGGACCUGCGCGGGAUGGAGGCGCUGUGCCGGCGGCUGCAGUCGGCGCACGAGGAGAGCAAGACGGCGCACGACGCCCGCGCCGUCAAGGCCCUCCGCGCCCGCAUGGACGCCGACGUCGACGAGGUGCUCCGCCGCGCCAAGGCCGUGAAGGACAGGCUGGAGGCGCUCGACCGCGCCAGCGCCGCCAGCCGCAAGGUCGCCGGCUGCGGGCCAGGCUCGUCCACCGACCGCACCCGCACCUCCGUCGUCACCGGACUCGGCAAGAAGCUCAAGGACCUCACGGACGACUUCCAGAGCCUGCGGACGCGCAUGGCGGCGGAGUACAGGGAGACGGUGGCGCGGCGGUACUACACGGUGACCGGCGAGGAGGCGGCGGACAGCACGGUCGAGGCGCUCAUCUCGUCGGGGCAGAGCGAGACGUUCCUGCGGAAGGCGAUCCAGGAGCAGGCAGCAGGGCGCGGGCAGGUGCUGGACACGGUGUCGGAGAUCCAGGAGCGGCACGGCGCGGUGGUGGAGGUCGAGCGCAGCCUCAGGGAGCUGCACCAGGUGUUCCUGGACGUGGCGGCGCUGGUGGAGGCGCAGGGCCACCAGCUGAACGACAUCGAGAGCCACGUGGCGCGUGCCAGCUCCUUCGUGCUCCGCGGGGCUGUCGAGCUCGAGGCGGCGCGGGAGUACCAGAGGAGCGGCCGCAAGUGGGCGUGCGUCGCCGUCGUCGCCGGCGCCGUGCUCGUCGUCGUCAUCGUGCUCCCCGUCCUCGUCAACUUCCACCUCCUGAGCUUGAGACGGUAGAUCGUCGUUUCGCCGGCAUUAUCGCGUUGUUGGAUUGCGGUGGAGGUUUUCUUGGUCGUAGCUAGAGAAGGCAGUGUUGAUUACAUUGGGGGUUUGGGAUUGGUUUUUUUUAUUCGUUUAAUGUAUGCAGCGAACUGACAGCUUUCUAAGAACAUGGUCAGCUGUACCAUGAAGAAUGCUCUUCCGGACAUGAGCAGCACUUGGGAUAUGCUUACCUGCACAAAACAAAGCUUAAA